AUGGCACUCUUCAAGCAAUACCAUGACGCGAAGGCGGUCCUCUAUAAUUUCACCUUCGAAGGUUGCAAAGUCCUGGACAAAUCCACCAGGAAUCCUGUGUCUAAUUUCUUCAUGGAAAUGCUCUCGACCUACUCCAAUUUGAACCAUUCAUGUCCCUACAAUACUUAUUCCAGCAUUGAAUUUACGAACGUAAACUGCACUUCAUUGGAUAAUAAAUUCGGGGAGUUCGAGUACUGCUACCUGAAGUCAGUGAAUCGCACCUACAAAUACUUCUCCGGAAAAUUUAAAGUUUAUGAGCUUCCUAUUAAGUCCAUGAAGGUAAAUUUUUCGUUGUGGAAGCGAUACAAUGGCUAUAAGCCCUUCCUUUACAAUGUCACCUUUGAUGCCUGCAAAUUCUUUGCCAAUAACAACUCCAAUCGUGUGAUCAAGUUCUUUUAUGAAUCGUUUACGUCCUACUCGAAUAUAAACCACACAUGUCCCCUCAAUCAUGACAUCAUUAUGGAAAAGCUUCCUAUCGACUUUGUUAACCACCGAAUGACGGAAAUUCUUCCAUUUCCCGAAGGGCAAUAUUUCGUUGAAGUACGUUGGAUUCGUUCCGGAACUUAUCUUGCAUUUGGAAGGUUAUAUGCCACACUUUCUUAAAUGACGGACAGA